AUGUCUGACGCAGCAGCCAAGAUGUGCCGCCUUUUCCAAGUCUUAUACAGCGUCGCUCUCCGCUUCGUUGAAUUCCGCGCGUCAACUCCUCAAUCGCGACAGACGCAAGCUAGCGCCGAGAUGGACGCUUACCUAGCGGCCUUGGGAUUCCCACCAAAGGGGGCUGAGGGAGGUCAACAUCCGCAGCAACAGCAACCGACCGCGUUCGCUCAAAUCACAAGCACCGCUCCGGACGUAGUCCCCACGUCUGGAAUCGCGGGUGUCGGAGUGGACGCCAUGGACGAGAGCUUGAGGCCUGGGAACCCGAUGAUGUGGAUGACCAACGCCGCUCAAUUAGAAGAUUUCUUUUACACUAAUACGGCGAUGAUGGACCUACUACAAGAGCCCGGAUUCGAAUCAACUCAGCAGCACUAG